UGACGUCAAAGCGUAAACAUGAAGAAUCAGAAGAUUUAGGUGUGAUCGUAGAAAAUGCAGUAGAGAAUGCAUUAACACGUCAAAAACCUGCUGAGAUAAUCAAAGCAUCAAGUCUUUCGGAAAAUAAAGCAAGAAAUAUAAUUGAUUGUUACGGAUUAAAAUCUUUAAAACCAUUCGUAUGGGACAUGGAAAUUAAUGAAGAUCGCCAAAUUUCCGAAGUGGUGGAAUGGUUUAAGAAUGCAUUGAAUCUACCAGAUGGUUUUCACGUAAAGGAUGACCAUAAAUCAAAUUAUCAACGACAUUUACAAAGUGCCAAUGUCAUUUUAACGGGUUGUGCCGAUAUUUCUAUUGGACCAAGUGAUACCUCCUGUAUUUGGAUUGAAACUAAGAAAAAGGAGGAAAUUUUUAAAAAGGGUGAAACUAUCGCAGAAUUAUUAAUAAUGGAUAAUGAGUGCGCUCCAAACCCUAUGUCUUAUGCUUUGGCAAUAAUUAAACAGUUCGUACUUGAUGAAGGGAAACCUGUUCUUGAGGUAAUUGGAAGAAUUUUUACAUAUCAAACAAAUUUAACCGAACCACUGAAAAAGAAAACAAAGUUUCUUGCACCUAUACCCGAAGAG